ACCACCGGCAGUAGCUAGAAAGGGAGCUAAGAGGGACCGCAUUUUUCCUUUCCUCUCAAGUCUCGAGUCUGAAGCAUCAAUCUUUCAAUAAUUUCAAAUCGAACAACCUACUAAUGUAAUUAGGAGUUAUUUUUUACAAUUGAGAUUUGAACCCUACGGUAAGACUUGUUUGGGUCCAUUAUUAAAUCAUUAAUUGAUCCAUGGCAUAUGCAUCUUGACUUUCAGGUAACAGGCUUCUCUGAGGAUCUUCUCAUCUCUUGUUUGGCUGCCGACAAGGGACUCUUUGCUCCCCGCUCUCUUUUCGCUUGGUACUAUAGUGUAUGGUUGACGACGAGGGACACCAUGAAUCUGUGAGUUAGAGAGAAGCUGAUGUGGCCUGUUGUGACUGAUGGAUUCAAAAUACUGCUAACGGGCUUUUGCGACGUACAACUAACUUUCUGUUAAUAAUGAGUGACAUUUAUUUACACUCAUUUGUUAUUAUUCUUUUUAAAUAUAAAUUUAUCAAUAUAAA